UGAUAAUGAAGUCAUAUGUAGUACUAUCUUAGAUUAUAAUAAAUCUCGAAGACCAUCAUGAGAAAAACCUUGGCAUUGUUUCUUAUAAUAGGGACAGUGAUACUUCUACCGGAAGUACUAGGACAUUGUAAUGAUGUUGACAAAACAGCCUGUGGUAUGCUUCUUGCUGCUGACUCCAACAUGUGCCAAAAUCCCUGUUUGGCACAAAUCUGCAAAGAAACAUGCGGAGCCUGCUCGUUAGACUGUUUCUUUUGUGACAGUGAGCUACACCAAAAUGAGUGCUAUGCAACAGUUGAAUGUAAACCACAAUCAGAGCUUUGCAUUGCCACCAAAAGGCUAUCAGUUGAUCAGCAAUAUCUGUUUUCCUCUGGCUGUGCAAGCAAAGAGAUUUGCAACACGUUGUUCAGUGGCAAUAGUAGUACCUCACUGAAUCAUGGUCAUACAUUAACAGUAUUUAAUGGUGUGUGUUGUGGUACAGACCGGUGUAAUAAAGACCCAGAUGCUAAUAAAACAGUAUCUGAUGUAGUGGAUCGUUCUGUAGAUUAUCAAAUCAACGACAAGAUAGUUGUUCGAAAAGCUGAUAAUCUGUUAGGAGACCGUUGCUCUGAUUUCGAUGUAAAUUCAGUGGCUUGCACAAUACUGUAUAAUGCUGAUCCUACAAUUUGCCGGAAAGAUUGCAUCGGAAGAGAGCUUUGUCCCGAAACUUGUGGAACAUGUGUUCGCUGCAAAACCUGUAAACAUAUUGCUGAUCCAGCCCUGUGUAACAAUAUAACUCUUUGUGCGAAAUCAGAGUCCUGUUUUUCUAAAGAGAGACUGAAUGUUGAUUUUUCGAUAUCAUAUGAUUUGGGCUGUAUGAAUGAUGUAAUCUGUCAUGCCUAUUUUGGAGGAAUACCCGAUAGUGACAUAACAAAGACACAAGUGUCCUUCGGCGGAAGCGUACAAUGCUGUAAAAGUAAUUUAUGUAAUGCUAAAGGACUGGUAUUGAAAAACCCGGCAGUUGGAUGAUUUAGAAAAACGCAUAGAAGUUAAAAAUAAAUAUUUAAAUCCGAAUAAA